AUGUACUCCAAUAAUGUGAUUGAAAUGUAUAAUAUAAUUAAAGAACAAUUCCUGGAUAUGUAUCAAAGGAAGGUAAAGGAUAAUAUUUGGAAACGCAUUAAAAUUGACCAGUUUUGUACUGAUAAAUACAAAUACAAGAGAACAAUCCAAAAAAUGCAAUUGUUGGAAGUUUGGAGCUUUCGCGAUACUGAUCCAGAAAAAAUAACAUACUCAUUUAUUAACAAAAAAAUUGAAAACACCAUAGAAGAUAACUUAAGGCACUUAUUGUUUGAAUAUAUGAUGUACAAUAACAUCAAACCCUCUUAUUUGAUGGACCCAAAUGAAUAUGUAGAUGCAAUAAUAAACACAAUUAAAAAUAUAAAGAUAAAAAGGGGAAGUAUUGAAGAAAGACUAAAAUUUUGCGACUUUUAUAGAUCAAACUUUCAUCAUCCAAAAAAUUGUCCCAAUAAAUAUAGACUUAAGCCUAGUACAACAAAACCACAAAUUAAUUGGACAAGAGUCAGAAAAAUUGUAUAA